AUGGCUGAGAAAGAACACACUUUGUCAAACGAGGAAGUGAUGAGAUAUAGCAGGCAAAUUCUGGUGCAAGAAUUCGGUGUCCAAGGUCAAGAAAAACUCCGAUCCACUUCGUUGUUGAUUGUUGGUGCUGGUGGUUUGGGAUGUCCUGUUGCGCUUUAUUGCGCGGGAGCUGGAGUUGGUCGAAUUGGUAUUGUGGAUGGUGACUCUGUUUCCUCUAACAAUCUUCAUCGUCAGAUUGCUUAUCAUGAACACUCUGUAGGCCAGUCAAAAGCAGAAUCGCUAAAAUCAUCAGUUAAAAAAUUAAAUAGCAGCGUUCGCGUUGAUGUGUAUAAACGUUAUCUGUCCAAACGCAAUGCGCUAGACAUUGUUUCCAAUUAUGACAUUGUCGCCGACUGUACGGACAACCGGUGUAAUUGCAACUUUUUUUCAUUUUUGCUUACUUUUAGGUAUUUGAUCAAUGAUGCUUGUAUACUGACGAAGAAACCUUUGGUGUCAGGAAGUGCUGUUCGUUGGGAUGGUCAGUUGUCGGUAUACGGUUAUGGAGAAGACUGUCCGUGUUACCGUUGUUUGUUUCCUAAACCUCCUCCAAUGGAUGCUGUAACAAAAUGUUCAGAAAAUGGAGUACUUGGACCGGUGGUCGGUGUAAUCGGCAGUAUGCAAGCCAGUGAAAUCAUCAAAAUUGCUGCGAUAAAAAAAAGCUGCUUUGCUGGUUUCUUGUAUUUGUUCAAUGCUUUAAAUGGAACAGCAAAAACUGUAAAGUUGAGGCGACAAAAAGUUGGUUGUGCGGUGUGUGGUAAGGACGCAACAAUCACUAAACUUAUAGACUAUAAAGAAUUAUAUGGACAUUCCAGCAGAACACCUGUAAAAAUUCUGGCGAAAAAUGAUCGCAUUGAUCCAUAUUCUUACUUUAAACUCAGUGAAAACAAUGAAAAGAAGCCGUUUUUGAUAGAUACAAGACGAUCGCACGAGUUUAGCAUUGGACAUCUACCUGAUGCUAUCAAUAUACCAAUGCUGAAGCUUUGUUGUUUAACUUCAACAGAUGUAGUGCGCGAGCUUGGAACAGACAUCAACGAAAUGAGAGAUAAGGGAGUUUACGUGAUCUGUCGUAGAGGUGAGGAUUCGCAAAUAGCAGUACUGUAUUUGCGUAAAGAAUUUGCCGAUUCUUUGAUUUCCUUCAAAGAUAUUGAUGGUGGUUAUGAGAAGUGGUCGCAUGUUGUUGAUAGAAAUUUCCCUAUUUAUUAGAAUAAAUAAGUUGUUUUUGUGAGUUUAUAUUGAAUUCCCUAAUUCCGUCCCCUCAGCUAACAUCCUCACCUUUGUUUCUUGAAAACAACCUAAAUACCUUCCCGGGUAAAUUUCGUAAUUUAUUCAUAAUUCCUCAGGAAUGAAAUGGACUUUAUUGGUGAAAUCUGACAAGUGAACUGAGUCAAAUAAAUUCAGGAGACAGUUUUCUUUUCAUUAUGUUCGUAUUUUUUGCUGCACAUGUAUUGACAAUUAUUUUACAAACAGAGCACAUUUUCUUGUCCAUCCGGUCAUCGUUAUUGUACCGAUAUGCAAUUCCUAAUGCUUCACCUAUACAGGUGUACCAUUCCCAAUGUUUUCAGUUGUUUUUUCAAACAGUUAUUUCUCUUCUUUGUUGCUCAUAGAUUUAAACUUCUUGUCAGUCAGAUUACUUGUUUGUUUUCCCUUCCUGUUCAUUGGAUUUUUCAUUGUCCAAUUCAUAUACUAAUGAAAGAAAACUUUUUACUUCUUCAUUGAAUUCAUUAAAGUUAAAUUCAAAUGUCUAGAAAUAUUGCAGAAUUAUAUGGCCACUUGAUCACUGUAGCACGUCUCAUGCUUGUGACAUAUGUUAGUACCGAAUUUGAAUAGACCACUUUCAAGUGGUCUAUUCAAAUUCAUUAUUAACUAUUAACCGAUUAUUUUUCACUUGAAAGUGAUCCGUGAUGUAAUCUUCCAAAUCAUUUCGGUUAAUCUAUACUCGCAGUAGAUUGUCAGUGAUUUCGGUUUGCUUAUCCUUGGUCUGUGGUGUGAUAUUGUUCAUCUUUCAUCGCAUCAACACACUUCUUGAUCCGGUUGUACGUAGCUUAACUGAUGGAUCUGUUGCUGAAGAGUUGGCGGGAAUCAUUUUGCGCAGUUUGUUUUCAGGAACAUAAUAUUGUAGAAGUGAUAAUGGGGGAGGAGAGCGGAAUAAGGAGUGUGUAGUAGAGACUAAUGGAUGACCAGAGUUCUUAAAGUCUCAAUUUUUGCGAAUGUAAGGACGAAAUGCAAAUGUAAUCAUGUUGGGGUAACUGUAUUU